GCGCGAUGCGUUUAAAUCGGAAUAAAACAUCAACCGACGCGGAUUAAAAAAACACACACAACACGACUACUACACAACAAACUGGUCUGUCCCCACUGCUCAUUCUUACGAACCGCGAGAGGAGCGGCUGAACGUGAUCUGCUUCUGAGUACGUUUGCGCGGCGGCGGCAGUGACGUACGAUCACUCGCACAACCGCGAACACGGUUCACCGACACCGGCCUAAUAAUACUGUGUGGUAUAUUUUCACUUGGUUUCGGCACCGACGACGACGACGACUACAAUACACUCGCAGGUGUUGAAAUGUCAGUUUAUCCGAUACUGUUGCACGCAGGCGCGUGCUUGUGGUAUGUUUUCUUUUGGAACAACUUCUUAAACAAUGGCAGUGGUAAAAAAGAGAGCGACUGGGAUCCUAGGUACCGAGACAUACAUGAAAUGGGAACUAGGUUUCUCACCAAUUGGAAUCUAUUUAUUCAGACGCUGUUCUUCGGCGGUUGUUUGUUUCAUGAUUUAAUGAAAAUACUGAAUGGUCCCAACUGGUUGAAAUUAGGUUCGAAAUUUCAAACUAUACUCUCGCUGAGUUUUUCGUCGAUAUUACUGCCAACUGGAAUUUUUGUUUGUGUCACAUUUUGGGCAAUGUAUGCUUACGAUCGUGAAGUUAUCUACCCAAAAAUAGUGGAUAAUUACAUACCGUAUUGGCAAAAUCAUGGAAUGCACACAAUUAUUUUACCUCUUUUGUUGGCUGAAUUAUUUACUACUAGACAUAAGUUCCCUUCGGUCACAGCUUCAAUGUCGAUAUUUUUGGGAUUCGGGAUUUGCUACGGACUCGUUUUUUUGGGAACGUACGUGGAAAAAGGACGUUGGGUAUACCCCUUGUUCGGCCUGUUUAGCUUCCCGAUUUCAUUGGGUAUUAUGGCUGUUUUAUUUUUCAAACUAAUGUCAUUUUUAUUUGUUGGUAUAUUCAUCCAAAACAUGUACUGGGGAAAAGAAGAAAAGAAACGACAUCGAAAAUCUGUUAAGAAAUCAUCCUAAUACAAAAUAGUACAAAUAAUAUCAUGUAUUUUUUCAAAAAAAAAAAAAUAUUAUAAUUUAAUAAAAUGUUCAUAACUACGCAUAUUUAUUUAUUUUAUUUUAUUUAUUAUUAAUAGUAAUAUUAUAGUUUGCACAUUAUGAUUCAAAAUGUCAUGUUAUAAUAAAUAUUAAUGUUGUUAAUUUUAAUUUUUUAGUAUACAUAUAGCAUUUAGUAUAUUAUACCUAUACCUACUAUUUUAAAUGUAUAUAAUGUUAUUUUUAUACUUUUUUGUUGUUAGCAUGUGUAUUUAAAUGUGUUCAUGUUUUUGUUACAGUUAUUCCAGAAAAUAAAUGCUCUAUGAAAUAA